AUGGCCUUCUUCGUUAUCGAAGGAAAACCAACCUAUUCGGCCAUUCUCAUGAGGGACUGGAUCCACACUACUCAAUGUGUCCCUUCGACCCUACACCAGAAGGUUAUGAUUUGGAAUGAAAAUCAAGUCGAAAUGGUGGAAGCCGAGGCCGAUCCGGCCAUGAAGAUACAUCCUGCAGAAGCCUUUUAUUACUCCUCUGAUGUAUACCCGUUGUCCAUGAUGCUAGAGGACGCUGGGACGAUUUGGAGGCAAUGGCAGACAGGUCCAGUUGUCCAUUCAUGCCGCUCAACCGCCCGACAGGCAGACAGGGACAUCCCUGAGCCGCCUGAUUAUGAUCAAGACGAAGAGGAUGUUCAUUCACCGAUUCGAAGAGCUGCUCAACCUUUGGAAGUGCAGGACCCAUUGAAGGAGAUUAACUGGGGGAUGAUGCAACCCCUCGGACGACACGGGUAUCCGGUGUGGGUUUCCAAAUUUGUUCCAGUAGUGAAGAAGAACAGAAAGAUCUGUAUGUGCUUUGACUUCCGGAAUCUCAAUUUAGCGACACCGAAUGACGAAUACGUAAUGCAGAUUGCCAACAUGCUCGUGGAUUCUACGGCCAGCGGAUCGAAGUUGAAAAAAAUAUCCAAGGCUAUCAAGAACCUUGGGCCCCCACACAACAUUAAGGAGCUGCAAAACUUGAUAGGGAAGGUCAAUUUUCUGAGGAGGUUCAUCGCCAAGGCCGCCGGAAAAAUGAAGGCCUUCUCGAUGCUGCUACGUGGAAUAAAGACAUAUUUGAGUGAGAACCAACCUGGCAAGAAGCCUUGA